AUGAGUUUCAACGGGAUGAUUUAUCUGUUGGAAWGAGCUUCGUGUCCUUCUAGUUUCCUUAUAGCUCAUGACUUCUAUAUCCCUGAAGAAGGUAUUGGUCAAUGUCGGGUUAUACCUCUCCCUCUCCCGGAUAACAGACACGUUAGGAGAUGUUUGACUACUUCAGGAGGAGAUGUUAUCUACAUUGAAUUACUAGAUCAAAGAUUGAAGGUUUGGAGGCUGAAUAAUAGCAACAACUCUAAGAGUAGUGAAUGCUGGCAAUUGUUACGGCGAGAGAUCAAUAUGACGUUUGUCCGAUUUGAUGUUGAUUGUAUUCCUUUGGCAAUGAAUGCGUUUGAUGCUGAUAUCGUCUAUCUAUGGAAUCUACAACACGGUCGUUUGGUAUCCUGUAACUUGCAGAAACAAGAGUUUAUUCUUCAUCUAGAAUCAGGGAAUUGGAGUAGCAGUGAAGGUUGUUUUUCGUCCAAUUCUAAGGAGUAUGUGGAAGUUAAUCGUUAUUCAAUUUCGGCCGUCAAGAAAAUAGAGAAGAGUGAGAACGAGCUAGGUCAAGAAGCUUCCAAGUUCUAUAAGAUGGCGUAUGCGGUAUAUCCUUCGCCGGUUUUGUUUAUGAACGACUACAAUAUGAUGUAA